AUGCUUGUGCUUACCUUAGUGCGCUCUCUCACACUUCACUCACUUCGCUUUUCCUCUCACGCUUUCGCACAUCCAUCGCACUACAAGGGUCUUUCAUUCAUCUGCAUUAACAAAACCACUUUCCGUGGCAGUGUUCAGCAUGAGCACAGGGUAUUUGUGAAUCUAAUAGAUUCCUAUCCAGGCCUUUUAGAUCAUCUCACAAAGGGUGAGGAGGAGGACGUUAUUCACAUAGGAGAAUUGUUGGGCGAUGAUACCAAGACCCUCAAAUCUGCUGUCCUCGAAUGGCUUGUGCCCAGAGGACAGGCAGGGAUACCGCCCCUCUCCCAGAAUAUUAAGUCCGACCGUGGGUUUAAUCACAAAGUCACUGGCCUUGACUGGUCAAAUGCAGAGUACAACCAAGCAGAGUCCAAAGAGCAGCGAAACACUGUUCACAGUGAUCAGUGGCCCAUGUUCUUGUAUGCUGGGUAUGACUAUGAUCCCAAAGAUCCAUGGAAGGGCCUACUCCAAAGCGAGAUACUGGUCUUUGGUUUUAAACAUAUCUUUAGGUCCCCGAGCUCGGUGGACAAGGAGCCAAAGGCCACGCGCUCCGGCAAUGCUUACCUUCACAGCAUGAAUUUUGUAACUCAAGCAUCCUUAGCUUAUGUUGCUACACAGGUUUGGUUUUUGCUAAGCUCCUCAUCUGUAUUUUCACAUACUGAUACGGUCACAGACUCAGAAAAAUUUUAUCAUAGCAUUCUUGACCUGUUGGAGGAUCUUGAUGAGAGUGAGGAAGUUGCUGACCUUAUGACAUGGUGGACGCAGUUUCGCAGUAUCAGCAAAAACAGUGCACUGUCAAAGAUUCAGGAAAAACGCACUGCCUUGCAAGAGCGAGUCGCUGCCAGUACUAAUUAA